CAUCUCAGCACAGAGGUAUACUAUCAAACACCGGUCUAGUUACUAACAAGAACAUAUGCAUUUUCCAGAAGUACUUUAGGUCGUGAAUGGCAGUUAUCACUCUUGUAAACCUAUUAUUUGUGCGCGACUUACAGCAUGACCGUCGAGGCGAUGCUGGGGUAGAAUGAUAAACAUAGGGGGCAGUGAGACCCAGUGGCAUUUUUCAUAUAACGAACACCCCCAGCAGGACAGGGGAAUACGGUCGACUUCGUUUCUAUUUCUAGAGUGAGCUGAUUCAGACACGGAGAGCGUCCAACUUGGAAUGACAAUUCUAGAGCCACACUCCAGAGGACAAAAAGGGGCUUAAAGGAAACUGAAAUAAAACAAAAACGGUAAAAUGGAUAAUAACUUACAAGAAGAUGGUGACAGGAUCGAGUCCGAGAUUUCUAUCACAGAGUCACAGGAUGACCCAUCUGGGGAAGAUGUUAACGACGAGGAAGAUGAGGUCGAGGAGCUCCGCAACAGUUUAAAGCAGAUAGUGCAGGAUGAAUCCGUAAAGCCAAAGCUCCAGUGUGUCAUGAUGGACCCCUCCUUCUCCAUGGUGACAGUGCAGAGCGAGGACAGUGGGAUUGUGUGGGAGACGGCCUCCAGUCGCUGCUCCACCCCCUGGGCCUCUGAAGCCAGCUCCACGUCAGAGGCCUACAGCCUGGAGGGCUCUGGAACUCAGGGAAAAAUUGUGAUCAUCAUGGACGAGGACAAAAUCAUCAGGAAAAGGAAAAAAAAGAGCGGCAGAGGCAAGCUUGGAGAAAGAUUGAAAAGGCCAUCUUCCAGAAAUUUCCCAGGUGGAAACGAAAGACCAUUGAUGACGGAGGUUUCGGUACCUAAUGUAAGACCUGCAAACACAGAUGAAAAUGGUGAGUCGAAAAUGGAUAAAGAACAGGAGUUAUUUAGCCUUGUCUCUGAGGGCUAUGAGAUACUUAACAUUGUAGUACCUUCAAGACUUCCUACAGUCGAUGAAGAGGACAGCACUGAACUGGCAGAUAACUUAUCUUACUUGGAGGAGAACCCAAGGAUUAAAUCAACUCCAAAAUAUGAACAAACACAAGAAGAAACACAAGCAAUGGAAAGCAGUGCUAACAUUAUACAAAUAGAAGACAACGGCCAGGUAAUAAUACAAGUGGAAACCGUUAAUGUUGAGCCCUCUGUCCCUGCCUCUACUGAGGACACAGCUGAUAAAAAGAAGGAUGGAGCCACUGACAUGGAUUAUUUUGAGAAAUUUACAUUGUUGGAUGAGCAUAUUCCGGGUGAAAGUGUCGACGCAGAGGAGAAACUGGAAAUGAGUGAAACUGAAGCAAACAAAACUUCCCAAAAUUACGAGAAAGCUGGCGAUGGCCUGUCUGAUGACACCUUUGUUUUUGUUACUGACGUUGAAAUAGCGAGCGAGCAUCUCGAUGAAGUGUUUUAUGGCAGUGGACGCGAUGACGAACAUGACGUCAACAGGCAAUUUGAGAAUGAGGAAGAAGACAGUGUAGACGAGAGAGAACCUUCAAAAUGUCCUGUGAAGGAGAGUGGUUCAGCCUUGUUUGGCAGUGAAGAGACUAUUCUUACACCAAUUUUCCUGCCCUCGGGACCACCAAAAAUCAUAGAUCCCAUUCUUCUUGAGGAGCCGCCUGCAAUGUCAUUCCACUACACAGAUCUCUACGAGGAUGCGGUGGGUGUUAGAAAGAAGGAAGAGGAAUUUUCGGACGUGGAGAGUGUGGUCUCUGAGAAGUCUUUCCAAAGACGGCUGUCUGACUCUGACGAUGCAAGCGGGUAUUUGGAAAAGUUUAUUUUAAAAGACGAGACUCCUGUGACUGAGGAUGUGCCUGUUGCAGAUGAUCCUCCUGAAGGGGGCAGAUUGAUAUGGUCACAAAGCGUAUUUGAGCUCACGGGCUGCCUAACACGUGUAGAGGAAGAGGAUGAUAUUAAGGAGGAAAAAGAAAAGGGAGAAAGUACAGAAAGUUUUAGGAGAAGCCCAAGUCCACGUGAAGUCUGUGAGUCAGUCAACAAGAUGUCGGAGGACAAAACCGAAGAUUCAGAGAUGGCUAUUCAGCAGGAGGAAGUAGACAUGACAGGGAGAAAGAGUCCAGAGGUGUGUGAUGUUGAAAAACCAGUUGAGGAUAAGGAGAAAGAGAUUGAGAGCACUCAGCCUUCAGAUCGUCUGGCAGAGAAGGAAAUAGAAUUUCAACCUGAAGAAAUAUCUGAGAAAAAAGCCAGUGUUAAGGAAACGGUCACAGAUACAACAGAAGGACUAGAGGUAGCUAUAAGUCCUGAAACCAUAUGUGAGGAAAUAGCCCCCAGCAAAGAAGAAAAUCUGAUAAAAUCUGAUGAAGCUGCAGUAGAUCAGGAGACUGAAAUUAUGGAUCAAGAAAUAGCCCCUGAAAUUAUAGUCGUAACAUCUGAAGAAACAUGUGAACAAAUAGCCAGUGGUAGGGAAUCUGUAGAAGAUACAAACAAGGAAUCAGGUAUAGCUCACUGUCUCGAAAGCGCAGUCCCAGACACUGAUGAAAUUAACAGAACUAAAGGGGAGGCUAUAGAUCAGGAGAUUGCAAUUAUGCAGCAAGAAAUAGUCCCUGACUUGACAGUUGUUAAGCCAGAAGAGACCUGCGAGGAAGCAGUCACUGAUGAGGAAAUUGCCAAAGAAAAGGUAGAAGAAUCAGUAAAUAUUGAGAGGAGUGAAAGUGUACAUGAGGAAAUUGUCACUGACAGUGAAACUAUUCAGAUAGAAGCAGUCACUGAUGAGGAAAUUGCCAAAGAAAAGGUGGAAGAAUCAGUAAAUAUUGAGAGGAGUGAAAGUGUACAUGAGGAAAUUGUCACUGACAGUGAAACUAUUCAGAUAGAAGCAGUCACUGAUGAGGAAAUUGCCAAAGAAAAGGAGGAAGAAUCAAUAGAUUUUGAGAGGAGUCAAAGUGUACAUGAGGAAAUUGUCACUGACAGUGAAAAUAUUCAAAUUAAAACAGUCACUGAUGAGGAAAUUGCCAAAGAAAAAGAGGAAGAGUCCGUAGAUGUUAAAAAGAGUGAAAGUGUACGUGAGGAAACUGUCACUGACAGUGAAAAUAUUCAAAUAGAAGCAGUCACUGACGAGGAAAUUGCCAAAGAAAAGGUGGAGGAAUCAGUGGAUGUUGAGAGGAGUGAAAGUGUACAUGAGGAAAUUGUCACUGGCAGUGAAAAUAUUCAAAUAGAAGCAGUCACUGACAAGGAAAUUGUCAAAGAAAAGGUGGAAGAAUCAGUAGAUGUUGAGAGGAGUGAAAGUGUACACAAGGAAAUCGUCACUGACAGUGAAAAUAUUCAAAUAGAAGCAGUCACCGACAAGGAAAUUGCCAAAGAAAAGGUGGAAGAAUCAGUAGAUGUUGAGAGGAGUGAAAGUGUACACAAGGAAAUCGUCACUGACAGUGAAAAUAUUCAAAUAGAAGCAGUCACCGACAAGGAAAUUGUUAAAGAAAAGGUGGAAGAAUCAGUAGAUGUUAAGAGGGCUGAAAGUGUACACAAGGAAAUUGUCACUGACAGUGAAAAUAUUCAAAUGAGAGCUGAACAAGAACAUGUAGAUCAGGAAGCUGAAGCAACAGAUGUAGUUGUGGAACCUGAUGAAAAGAUCAAAACUGAAAGUGAGGAGCCAGAAUGCUUAUCACAUGAAAUAACCUCUGUCAGUGACAUUUCAAGAGGUGAUACAACUGCUGCAGAUGUGGAGAGCAAGGAUGAAGUUAAUUUAAAAAAUGAACCUCCAGAAGAUAUUUGUGUAGUCACAACAGAGGAAGAGGUUAAAGAAAAGCACCCAGUUUCAGCAAUAGAAGCAAGAGAGGACCUGGUUGAACAGGAUGUCUCAAUGUCAGAAACUGAACAGACAUCCAAGGUAGAACCUCAGUUUCCACACAGAACAUCUGAAGAUGGCAACACUUAUUUGAUCAAAGAGGAAGAGGAGGCCAUUUUGCCGGAGGACAAUGGGCUCCUGUUUCUUGAUGAUGGGAGGAAUUCUACUGAAGCAGUGGGAGAAGCACAGAAAGCUCAAAUUCAUAGGGGAACAGACAGAGAGCUUCUAAAUAUUCAUGAGUGGCACAGAGAUAAUCAGUUAAAACCCGAUUCAGGACUCGCUGAAAAAAGAGAGAGGAUGUUGCUUAGGCUGUCCCCAUUGGUUAUGGCUGAAGCAGUGGAGGAAGAAGAAGGGGAGGAGGAGGAAGGCCUGAGGCCUCCGCUCAGGAGUUUCUCCCCUCAGGAGGACCUGUCUGCCUUUGGUCAUGAGGCCAUGCUCUCAGCACCUGAGCCGUUCCAGUUUCUACACCAUGACGAGGAAGUGGCCGCAGAACUGGAUUAUGAUAUCAUCACCCAGCAAGAGGCAAGCGAGCUUCCAAAACUGGAGACUGAAGUAGUCAAAGAGACAGAAUCCCCGGAACUUCCCGAUGAAGCCCUUGAUUCCAUGCAAGAGGUCGAUAGAGAUCAAGGGCUCGAGGCAGACUAUGAAAUCAUUGAAUCCUUGGAUGGAAUCCCCCUGUCUGAGGCUGAAAUGGUCGAAACCGAUUUGAAAAGAGAAAGCUUAAACACCUUCUGUUUGGUCUGCCGGUGCCCAAUUUCAGCUGAGGAUAAACUUUCUGGUGAACAUCAGGACCAUGAAGUCACGACUGUGGAAAAGGCGUAUGAGGAAAUAAGGAAUAAACUGAGUGAGCGUAUUUCCGUCUUGCAAGAAAGAUCAGAAAAUGUUACCGACCUGGUGUCGGAACUCGAAUUGGCAUACAAUUCAGUAGAGGAUCACUGCAAAACCAGCGAGCAGCGUCUGGACGAGCAGAACGAUGAGAUCAUGAAGAUGGUGAUGGAUCAGUACAACGAGAUGUCCCAGAACAUGGAGGAGGAGAAGAAGGCAAAGCUGGAGCAGCUCUACGAUCGGAUCGUCUCUUUCCAGGAGAGCAUCGACUCGGCCAAGGAGGCCCUGGAAAAGUCCACCAAGGAGAUCGAGGAGACGGAUCCACUCACACUUGAGACUUCAUCCAAAGACAUUAACACGAGCUUGACCACUGCUCUGGAUGCUGCUCUAUCUUUGGAGCUCACCCCCAGUGCAUUCCCCCUGUUUGAAGACUACGCGAAGAGCCCCUCUGGAAAUGGCCGAAAGGAACUGAAAGGAAUCCCAGUCCCUCAGAAGCCCCACCUACAGCCACAGGAGCCCAACUCGGCCACCAGCACCUCCGUCACGGUUUACUGGAAGGUCAACGAGGGUGACAUCAUCGACUGCUUUCAGGUCUACUGUAUGGAGGAGCCUCAAGGAGCCGUAUCUGAGGAGUACAGAGUAACGGUGAAGGAGAGCUACUGCACACUGGAGGACCUGGAAGCAGACAAGUGCUACAAGGUGUGGGUGAUGGCUGUCAACUACACAGGCUGCAGCCUGCCAAGUGAGAAGCUGUCCUUCAAAACUGCACCUUCUGUUCCCGUGAUCGACACGGAGAAGUGCACGGUAUGCUGGGAUUCCGCCAUCAUACGCUGGAGCCCCACUCACCCAAACGCGGUGGAAAGCUACACCCUGGAGUACUGCCGACAGUACGCCUGCGAGGGGGAGGGGCUUAGGUCCAUAUCUGGGAUACGGGAGUGCGAGCAGAAAGUUCUGCUGCUCGCAAGCGAGAAUUACCUCUUCUACAUCAAAGCCGCCAACUCUUUCGGUGCCAGCGAGCAGAGCGAGGCCGCGCUCAUCUCCACCAGAGGCACCAGGUUCCACCUGCUGCCGGACUCGGCCCCCCCGGCUCUGGAGCUGUCUGAAGACCGGGCCACUGUGUACUACCACGAGGAGGCCUUCAACCAACGGGCCAACAUCAAUGAGUGCCUGAGUAUCCAGGGGGAGCUGUUGCCCCCCCGUGGGUACCACUAUUGGGAGACGACGGUGGGCAGCAGCGACGCCUACAGGAUCGGUGUGGCAUAUCCUGAGACGGCCCGCGACAACCCACUGGGGGAGGACAGCACUUCCUGGUGCAUUCACUGUGUUCCCACGGCAACCAGCUGCAGGUUCGAGCUCCUCCACGACAAUGCGCAGACCGCCAUCUUUACGGUGGAGGUGCCCACAAGGAUCGGCACCCUGCUGGACUUCAUCCGCGGGCGGCUGUCCUUCUUCAACGCCCAGAACGGGCAGCUCCUGGGGUCGCACUGGCACAGGUUCGCCAGCGGGUGCCAGGCGGUGCUGGCACUGGAGCGGCCUGGCGCCCUGGAGUUGCACAUGGUCUCGGAGGUGCCCGAGUUCGCCAAGCACUAACCCGUGCCAGUCUCGCUCUCAGUCGCAUCGACCCAAAACACGUACGCACCAACACGUACACCCCAUCGGGGGUCGGAUCGGAGAUGAGAGUCGCUGAAAAACAAGUCAGGAGAAACAAGGAAGAAUUUUUUGCUAGUUUGCUAUGUUUAGUACUUUAAUUAUGCUCGUGUGAUUGUGAUC